CGGGGGCGGACGGGCGGGAGCCGGACGACGGGGGGCAGAUCCUGGAGGCGUUCCGGCAGUGCGGGACGGGGGGCAAGGUGGUGCUGACGGAGGGGCUGUUCCACAUCGGGCGGGUGAUGGACGUGAAGGGGCUGGCGGACGUGGACGUGGAGAUCCACGGGACGCUGCGCUGGUCGGCCGACAUCCAGUACUGGCUGCGCAACAGCAUCGGCGUGCAGUACGCGCAGCGCUCGACCGCCUGGCGCAUCGGCGGCCGCGACAUCCGCAUCCGCGGCUUCGGCAAGGCCCUCUUCGACGGCCAGGGCCAGCUCUGGUACGACCAGAACCGCGGCCAGAGCAACCAGAACGGCCGCCCCAUCAGCCUCACCCUCUGGGAGGCCAAGAACGUCCUCGUCGACGGCAUCACCUGGCGCCAGAGCCAGUUCUGGCACACCUUCAUCGCGUACAGCGAGAACAUCACCAUGACGAACCUCGACAUGAACGCCACGAGCAGCAGCCAGUGGAGCACGGUGAACACGGACGGCACCAACACCUGGAACUCGAAGGACAUCUUCAUCAGCAACUGGACCGUGACCUGCGGCGACGACUGCAUCGCGGUCAAGGGCAACAGCAGCAACGUGCACGUGCGCAACGUGCACUGCUACGAGAGCGGGUGCGCCGUGGUCGGCUCGCUGGGGAACAACCCGGGCGGGGCGCCGGACUUCGUCGAGGACGUGGUGUUCGAGAACAUGACGUGCACGCACUCGUCGAACGCGGCGUGGGUGAAGACGUACAGCGGGCGCGGGCUGGUGCGCAACGUGACCUUCGCCGACAUCGUCGCCGACGACGUCAACCAGCCCGUCUACGUGACCAGCUGCAUCUACACCGCCCGCGGCUGCGACGCCAGCCGCCUCCCCAUCCGCGACGUCCGCUGGCGCAACGUCGUCGGCACCAGCCGCUACAACGUCGCCGCCGCCAUCUACUGCGCCGCCGCCAGCCCCUGCUCCGGCCUCCGCUUCGACAACGUCGACAUCCGCCCCAAAGACGGCCGCAGCACCCCCAAGUUCCUCUGCAGCAACAUCGCCGACCAGCCCGCCUCCGGCAUCCCCUGCACCGGCACCUGCCCCGCCGACUGGCCCCAGCAGCUCACCGGCAACCGCUGACCGCUACGCGCCCCCGCCUCCCGAAUCGUCGACGGCCCGAGACGAGAGGAGGGUAGAGAGAAGGAGGAAAACGGGGGGGGGGGGAUAAGAGGGGCUUUGCAUGCGGGCUUCAGUCACAUAGGGAUACCUACAGCGCACACGCCCAUCUACACCGCGACGAAGAUCUAUAGGU